UACUAGCACAUCUCACACACAAUCUCCAGCACUUCCCUGAGGAGCUCAGUCUUGAAGGACGUACCUGCCAGACGACGACAUGAGGAUGAGGCUGAAACUGAAGCUCCCAAACCCGGGCCUGGAUGAUCGGAUCCCGUCUCACGCCGAGCUGGAGAAGCUGGAGGUGGAGGAGGCUGGAGAGCGGCCGCAGUGGGACAACAAAACCCAGUACAUGCUGACCUGUGUGGGCUUCUGUGUGGGGCUGGGGAACGUCUGGAGGUUCCCGUAUCUCUGCCAGAGCCACGGAGGAGGAGCGUUUAUGAUUCCGUUCCUGAUUCUCCUGGUUCUGGAGGGAAUCCCGCUGCUGCAUCUGGAGUUUGCCAUUGGUCAGAGACUGAGGAAGGGCAGCGUCGGCGUCUGGAGAUCCAUCAACCCGUAUCUGACCGGAGUGGGCAUCGCGUCCAUGCUGGCGUCCUUCAUCGUGGGGAUGUACUACAACACCAUCAUGGCCUGGGUCAUGUGGUACUUCUUCAACUCAAUGCAGGAUCCGCUGCCAUGGAGUCAGUGUCCCGUUAACGCCAACAGGACAGGUCUGGAGCCAGAAUGCGAACGCAGUUCUCCGGUGGAUUAUUUCUGGUACAGAGAGACUCUGAACAGCUCGGCGGCGAUCGAGGACUCGGGCGGUCUGCAGUGGUGGCUGGUGCUCUGUCUGCUCUGCGCCUGGAUCGUCCUGUACGUCUGCUGCAUCAGAGGCAUCGAGACCACCGGGAAGGCCGUGUACAUCACGUCCACUUUACCCUACGUGGUUCUCACCAUCUUCCUGAUUCGAGCUCUGACACUGAAAGGAUCUGUGAGCGGAAUUAAGUUCCUCUUCACUCCAGACGUGAAUGAGCUGAUGAACCCGACCACGUGGCUGGACGCAGGAGCUCAGGUGCUCUUCUCCUUCUCUUUGGCGUUUGGAGGACUCAUCUCCUUCUCCAGCUACAACUCGGUCCACAAUAACUGUGAGCAAGAUGCCGUCACUAUAUCCAUUAUCAACGGUCUGACGUCAGUCUACUCCGCAACCGUCAUUUACUCCAUCAUCGGCUUCAGAGCAACGGAGAAGUACGACACAUGUCUGGACAGUAACAUCCUGACGCUGAUAAACGUGUUCGAUCUGCCGGAGGGAAACAUCACCGAGAGCAACUACGACAGUUUUCUUGAGCAUCUCAACAGCACGGCACCAUCCGCCUUUCAGGAGCUCCAGCUCAAGACCUGUGACAUGCAUACGCUCCUCAGCGAGGGAGUGGAGGGAACCGGUCUGGCCUUCAUCGUGUUCACUGAGGCCAUCACUAAGAUGCCCAUCUCUCCUCUGUGGUCAGUGCUGUUCUUCAUCAUGCUCUUCUGUCUGGGAUUGUCCACCAUGUUCGGGAACAUCGAGGGAGUCGUGGUGCCACUGCAGGACCUCAACGUGCUUCCCAAAAAGUGGCCUAAAGAACUCUUCACUGGUCUGACGUGUGUCGUGUCCUUCGUGGCGGCGCUCGUAUUCGUCCAGUCCUCUGGUAACUACUGGUUGGCUCUGUUUGAUGGCUACGCCGGCUCUAUUCCUCUGCUGGUAAUCGCCUUCUGCGAGAUAAUCGCUGUGGUUUACGUCUACGGGAUUGACAGGUUUAAUAAUGACCUUAAGUUCAUGGUGGGACACAAGCCCAACAUCUUCUGGCAGAUCACGUGGCGGUUCCUCAGUCCCAUCAUCCUCCUGGUCAUUCUGAUCUUCUACUUUGUCACUAAAGUUAGCCAACAGCUGACCUACAGCGUCUGGGACCCUGAAUCGGAUACUUUCCCCACUCUUAAAGAGGUGACGUAUCCUAGCUGGAUCAGCGGCAUCAUCUUCAUCCUCGCCGGCAUUCCCAGUCUCAGCAUCCCAGGAGUCGCCAUCAUCCGAGCUGUGUGGAAACUCUGCUCAAACGACAAGGAACAGAAAGAAGAGGACAGCAUUUAUGAAAAAGAUUUCAUAGAUAAAAUUUAAUAUCACAUUAAAUAAGACAUCAGAUACUGGACUUCUAUAUUUGUACAAUAUACUCGCAAGCUUUUCUGCCAUGUUAAUUUAUAUAAUGUAUAAGAAAUAAUGGCGUUUUUUUAAUGACAUGAUUGUCUCCAUCUACCUUAUUUUAAAACGUGCAGUUGUUUUCCGUGAAUGUGCGAGAAUUCCAGUUCAUUAGUGGCAAUGUGCUAACUGAAACAAUAAAAAUGUGCAGUAAAUUGUAUAAACCACUUACGAUAAUACAUUUAAAAAAAACAUGACAACAAAUACUAGUUUAUGACAACAAGCAGCAAACUGGAAUGAAACCGGAAGUUGUGCACUUUCAAGCACUUGAAUUCAGCAAAGAAUACAAAUGACCCAGUGAUUUGAACUAGUUUAAAGCCGGAUGAAACAGUGCUGACAAACAUCUGAAACACUGAGGCUUUUCAGUCUACAAAUCGCCAUCAUCUACCAUGGAUUUACAGUAGUAAGGUUAACUGCACUAUGGUAUUGUGGCAGAAAUGUGGGAUAUUUAUAUCUAAUUUUAUUAAAUUAUUAAAGUAGACAUGUAUUUAAAUGUAUUAAAGGGGUAACGGAAUAUAAUUACAGUAUUUUUGUGAUAAAAACUAUAGUGCUUGUGCAUUUUUACUAAAUUUAUUUUGACUACUGUUUUUCAUACAAAUACCUAGAAACCAUAUAGUGACAUUUUUACCAUGGUAUUGAGGUGCUAUGUGUGGUUUUAACUGUGCUUAUCAUGAUCUAAAUGUACGCUACUAUGGAAAACCAAUGGUUAAUUUUAACAAAACUCAAACAGAAUUCAUUUUCACCAAAUAAAAAUGAGGUUGUUACCAUGUUACUUUUAUUUUUUUUGGUAAUGAAUGAAUUUACAUCUGCAUCCUAACUCAAUGUUCUACCACUUUUUACAACUUCCACUUUCAAACACAAAUCUACCUUUAAACUUGAAAGAAAUCAGUAUUUGGAAUGUAUUGUUAUAAUUAUGGAUACCAACUGAUAGAAAAUUAUUCUCGUGUGAUAAUUUUUGUCCAUAUCGCUCAGGUCUACACGUGUGUUAUCUGCACCAUUUCACACAGCACACACUGGUUUUGAACGUGCUGUAGUAUUUUAUGUCCUUCCUUAACAUUUCACAUAAAUAAAGGUCUUUAC